ACCGUCACCGUCACCCCAGGUCCCCGAGCGCCCACGCCGCCCACCAACCAUCGCUUCAUGGCCAGCCUGAUGACUGCCGAGACCUGCGCCAAGCUGGAGCCUGAGGACGCUGAUGAGACGGUGGAUGUGACGGGCAGCGAGCCAGAGCGGGUGGCCAGCGAGGAUCAGGUGGCACCGUGCCCAGCAGCCAGCCCUGAAAAUGUCUAUGAGACCUCGGCGCGGCUCCUCUUCAUGGCUGUGAAAUGGGCCAAGAACCUGCCUGUCUUCUCCAACCUGCCCUUCCGCGACCAGACCCUCGGCCGCUUCAAGGCCUUGGCCGUUGACCCCACCGAAUUCGCCUGCAUGAAAGCCGUGGUGCUCUUCAAACCAGAGACCCGCGGCCUGAAGGACCCCGAGCAGGUGGAGAACCUGCAGGACCAGUCACAGGUGAUGCUGGGCCAGCACAACCGCUCUCACUACCCAGGGCAACCCGUCAGGUUCGGGAAGCUGCUGCUGCUCCUCCCUGCGCUGCGCUUCAUCUCCUCCGAGCGCGUGGAGCUGCUCUUCUUCCGCCGGACCAUCGGCAACACCCCCAUGGAGAAGCUGCUGUGUGACAUGUUCAAGAACUGA